AUGGCUUUAGAAAAUGGCCAUACCAAUGGCCUGAACGGCGAAUCCCGGCCUGCCUCCCUUAACCAGCGCUUCUCCGACAUUCCUUCGGCCAUCGAUAUUCCCGCGUCCACCCUCGACAGCGAAGUCGAAGUCAGUCUCGAGGGGCUUCCCGACGAUCCGACCGAACUGUGCACGUUGCUGGAGAACGAAAAAGCCGCGAAGAACUUUUGGGUGAUUAUCGCGCUCGCGUACGCGAAGCAGAAACAGAUUGAUCAUGCCAUCGACAUCCUCAAUAAAGGUCUGGCCUCAGUGGCCCACGGGGCGACCAAGGAGAAACUCGUGUUGCUGGGCUGGGUGUGCUGGCUUCUGAUGCUGAAGAGUCGGCAGGCGCCUCGCGUUGCGUCGGAAGGGGAGCUGUACACGGACGCCAAGACUAAGGAUUACUAUUUGCAGCUGGCAACUUCGACGUUGAACGAGGCAUCGCGGUUGAAUCCUGCUUUUCCGCCGUUGUUCCUAGCGAGAGGUGUUUUGUCGCUGCUGCGCGCUUCAUUGUACCCUCCGCGACCUGUUCGGCCGGGAACUGUGGAUACAUCUGAGAGAGUGGAAUCGCUACGACAGGCAUUGAAAUGCUUCGAUGAGUCGUCCAAGGCCUUUGGUGGCCGGAACAUAAUGGCUAUCUUGGGACGUGCCAGAGCGCAAUAUCUACUUGGAAGAUACGCGGAGGCGCUGGAUGGGUAUCAAAAGGCUCUGAUGAGAAUGCCCAACCUGACUGACCCGGAUCCGCGAAUCGGUAUUGGCUGUUGCCUGUGGCAGCUUGGGUUGAAGGACCAGGCAAAGGGUGCUUGGGAGCGGGCAUUGGCUUUGAACCCCGACUCUAAGGUUGCCAACAUCCUACUCGCAGUCUACUAUCUCUACGACAGCUCUCGGCACGCGACAACCGAUCCCGCGUUUGGUUCGCUAUACAAGGUUGCGAUGACACAAUACACCCAAAAAGCUUUCAAGCUUGACAAGGAGUAUCCAAUGACAUGCGCCCUGUUCGGAAGCUAUUUCCUUCUGCGAAAGUCAUACUCCACGGUUGACACACUAGCCCGUAAAGCCAUUGAACACACGGACGUGAUGUCGAUCGCCAGUGACGGCUGGUACCUCCUAGGACGGAAAGCACACUACGAAAGCGAUCUCGCACGCGCCGCCGAAUACUACAACCGCUCCGACCAGGCGCGGGGAGGCGGAGAUAAGGGGUAUCUGCCUGCCAAAUUCGGCACGGUACAGAUGCAAGUGAGCAAUAAGGACUACGACGGAGCAAAGUUCCGACUAGAGAAGAUCAUCCAGCAGACGAAGAACCCCGAAUGUAUGAUUCUGCUUGGUGCUUUGCAGGCGGAGGAAGUCUUUGCCGCGCAGCGGAGCGGGAGCAAAGAAGACAAGUCCGCAGAGGCUAAGAAGGCGAUCAGCCUGCUAGAGUCUGUCCGUGCCUUGUGGAAAGAAAAUGGCGGGAAGAAGAUCUCGCCAGAUGAGUCGGUAUUGGUGUACCUGGCUCGGCUGCACGAGCAGACCGCUCCCGAGAAGAGCAUGCAAUGCUUGACGCAGCUGGAACAGCUGCAACUGGCAGAAGUUUCCAUCGAAGUCGACGAGGAGGAUGAGGACAAGAGAAACUCGCUUCUGCGGGAGAACCUGCCGCCGCCGCUUCUGAACAACAUGGGCUGUUUCUUGUACCAGAACGAGAAGGUCGACCAGGCGCGUGCGAUGUUCCAGACUGCGUUGAACGCGUGCGUCAAGUCCCAGGAAAAGGAGUCCGAUGCAGACACCGACGCGCUUGUGACUACGGUCAGCUACAACCUAGGUCGGACUUACGAGGCCUCAGAUAUGCCCGAUGAAGCCAAGAAGGUUUACGAGGGACUAUUAGAACGACAUGCAGACUACACCGAAGCGAACGCACGGUUGACAUACAUUGCGCUCCGACAGAGUCCUACAGAUGAAGGGCCGAAGCGAAUGGCCAAGUUAUACGAGCUUGACUCGACAAACCUUGAAGUGCGGGCGCUGUUUGGAUGGUACCUGAGUAAGUCGAAGAAGCGGGCUACCAAUCUGGCGGAGGACCAUGAGCAACGACACUACAAGCACACGCUGCAGUAUUAUGACAAGCAUGAUCGGUACUCACUCACGGGAAUGGGCAACGUCCAUUUGGUAACGGCCCGAGACAUGCGCCGCGACACUGACCAGGAGAAAGAAAAGCGACGCAAGAUGUACGAACGUGCGGUUGAAUUCUUCGACAAGGCGCUCCAAUUGGAUCCCCGCAACGCCUACGCGGCUCAGGGAAUUGCGAUUGCCCUGGUAGACGACCGCAAAGACCACGCAACGGCAGUACACAUCUUCUCGCGGAUCCGCGACACCCUGAAAGACGCCAGUGUAUACCUGAACCUGGGGCACGUGUUUGCCGAACUGCGCCAGUAUUCGCGGUCGAUUGAACACUACGAAGCGGCCCUCUCUAAGGACCGUGCGCGUGACGCGCAAAUCUUGGCAUGUCUUGGCAGGGUCUGGUUGCUGCGAGGCAAGCAGGAGACGAACCUAUCUGCCAUGAAAACAGCCCUAGACUACGCGCAGCGAGCCCUCAGCGUCACCCAGGGACAAGUACACCUAGAGUUCAACGUCGCCUUUGUGCAAACCCAAAUCGCACAGCUGGCGUACGGUCUACCCGAGACCCAGAAGACGGUGAAAGAAGUAGAAGAAGCGGCAGCGGGUCUCGAUGAAGCCGUGGAGACGUUCGGGCGUUUGGCCAAGGCCAAGAACCCACCAUAUCCGGCGGAUUCCCUGGAACAGCGUGCCAACAUGGGCAAGACCAUCAUGAAACAGCUGGACCGUGCGCUGCAAAAACAGAGGGAAUACGAAGAGAAGAACGCGAGCAAGCUACAGCAAGCGCGGGAGGCUCGGGAAGCCGCGAUCAAACAGCGGGAAGAGGAAGUACGCAAGGCGCGCGAGGCGGAACAAGAACGCAAGAAAAAGGUCGCAGAGGAGCGACAGGCAAUGGUUGAGGAAGCGCAGCGUCUAGCUGAGGAGCGGACAGCGCGCGAGCGAGAAAAGGAAGAGGCAGUUAUGACGACGGACUCGGACACAGGUGACAAGGUUAAGCGGAAGAAGAAGUCGUCGAAGCGCAAGAAGAAAGAUGAUGACUUCAUCAGCGAGGGUGAAGGAGAAGGAGAAGGUGGAAGCGGUGACGAGGAAGACGGUGGCGGUGGUGGUGGUGCAAGCCGCAAGAAGCAGCGCAAGACAAAGAAAAAGAAGAAGUCCGAGGAGGCAGAGAGCGAAGACGAGGAUGAGGGUGCUGCGCCCAAGAAACGACGCAGGCUGGAACGGCGGUCUGGCGGUAAGGUGCAGCAGGGCAAGUUCAAGAGUAGUGAGGUGGUGGAGUCAUCUGAUGAAGAUGAAAAGCCGGCAGGGGGCCAGGAUGAGGAGAUGCGUGAUAGUGCACCUGCAGAAGGGCAAGAGGAGGAGGACGAUGUGGUGCAGCGACGACGGAGCAAGCCCAGUCGCCGUGUUGCCGAUGAUGAGGAUGAAGAGGAGACAGGGGAGAUUGGAGCUGCUGCUGAUGGUGGUGGAGACGAAGACGAGGAUGACUUGUUCAAUGACAAGGGGGAUGAAGACACGGAGAUGAAGGAGGAUGAAUAA